AGAGCAGCAGUUGAGUGAAGGAUCAGCACUAACUAGCAGAUUUCACUGUGGACACAGACAAAGAGAUGAUGUAUUAAUGUUUUGAAGCUUCAUACGAGGAUUAUCCGUAUUUACUGUUACAGCAUACAGUUUCACACUGGAAGUCUCGAAGAAAAAUCUUAUGUGAGAAGAAGACUGUUCAAAUCUAUGGAAGAGAGUGCCAAACACUUUGAACACGGACUGUAGAUGUCUAAUGUUUAUGCUUUGUGGUUAUGAACAUUAGUGGGGUUUGAGCACAAGAGACUCGUUGUAUUAUACUAUCCCAAACACUGAGGAAAUCUCCUUAAGAUGAAGGGAGUAAUGGCAGCACUUCAACUCUGUUUGUGGAUCUUGGCUGUAAAGGUGGCGUUUGGAAAGGUCUGCACCACUGAGCAGUUUACAAAAACAGGCGAAUGUUGCAGCAUGUGUGCUGCGGGCACUGGUUUGGUGAGCAGCUGUGGUCAGGAAGACACCAAGUGUCAGCCGUGUCAAGAUGGUGUGUUGUUCUCAGACUCUGAGAGUCUGUCAGCCUGUCGUCUGUGCGCCCGCUGCCCCGCCGGCAUUCCUGAACUGGCACGCUGCACGCCCACUCAGGAUACCCAGUGUGAGUGCGGUGAGCGCUUCUUCCUGUGGCGAGAUGGUAACAGCACAAGUGGGCUGUGCGCGACCUGCUCCAUGUGUGGGCAUGGAAGCGGAGUGGUUCGGGCCUGUGGGCCGCUGGGAAAUACUGUAUGUGAGCGGUGUAAACCAGGGACUUACUCAAAGGAGCGGAGUGACAGGAAACCCUGCGUGCCCUGCUCACGCUGUACUGAUGACGAGGUGGAGAUCAGACCCUGCCAGCCGGACUCUGACACCGUCUGUAUGGUAAAAGACCUUAACAUCCUGUCCCGUCCAUCUGGUUCUGAUGGUCAGCGUGAAUACCCCCGAAAGCCGACUCUGAAUGAGGAAACGGAGAACAGGAGCAGCCCAGCACCAGGGUCUGGAUCCCCUCGACUUACUCCACAGGACCAAGGGGGCAACAACAACAACAUCUUGGUCUACGUGUCUGUACUGGCUGCGGUGGUGCUCGGCCUCCUGCUCUACGUCGCCUACAAAUGCUGGAGGUCAUGUCAGCAGAAGCAGGCUCUGGUGAAAGCACGGGUUGGCGAGUUGAAUAAUGUCGGGGAAGGAGAGAAGUUACACAGCGACAGUGGCGUGUUUCUGGACUCUCACAGCCUUCAGGAAAGCCAGCCUAGCAAAGGCAGUAAACGAGACAGCAAACAGGACACGCGACUUUAUGUGAACCUGCCUCUUCACAGGCAGGAGGAGGUAGAGGGGCUUCUCGCCGAGGGGGGCAGUCGGAGCUGGAGACAGCUGGCGGCCGCACUCGGUUACGAACAGGACAGCGUGGACAUCUUCGGGCGGGGCCAAGACCCCAUCCACACUCUCCUAACUGAUUGGGCCCAACAGGAAGGCUCCACGUUGGGCCUGCUCUGCUCCGCUCUCGCACGCAUUGAACUGCCAGACAUCAUCAGCGCCCUCACCGCCCCGUCUCAAGGAGUGUCAGUGGUCUGAAUACUUGAAUAUGUUCCUCACGCCUUCAUGAAAGAGACACUAAAAUCAUAGAGGAAUUGCGUCAACCGACUCAUUUUCCAAUGCCUUGCUUGCACUAAGACUUUGAAGAGCAGGAUUGGAAAUAAUAAGGUUUUUCUUCAACAUAAUGUUUCACUUAAGAAUUUUGUUUCAACAGCUUGAGAUGUUCCGCCACCUCAGAACAUUUUCUGCUCAAGACAGAUGUUUCCUCCAGCAUUCAUGGGAUGUUUAUGCUUUAUACUGUCCUCUUUGUAGUGUCGAAACAGACUCUUGUUUUCUCCGAGACACAUUCAUGCUCAGUGUUUUGGGUGGUUGUGGUUUCAGCUGCGGUUGGUAUCAAAGAAACGGACAUUUCGUGAACAUUACUGCGGCCUCGUGAAUGACAGUUUUCCAUUUGUGCAGAACGUAUCGUAGCGCCAGAGAAAGCAUCAUGCAUGCGAUUCAGUCGUGCUUUUAUAUUUAUAUUUCAGCGCUUCUGCCGUUUGAACAAUACUCAACACCGAAGCUGGACGGAGUGUUCAGCUUUUAUCCCGUGGCUUGUCAAGGCCAACGUAACACUGUGAGGUGUUUUAUGGUUUCCAGAGAGGAAAACCACUAAAUGGGCUGCACGAGGGAGUUGUAUAUUUGGAAAUAUACAGAUGCACGGUCAAGUUGCCUGAGCGAAUGAUUCUCCGUGUUUCAUUCACACUAGUGCUUGGUUUGCACUUUAACCAACAAUGCAACCUAAAAGCAAUGUUAUGUUUUGGUGAGUUAUGUGAGAGGAAAAUUCUCUGGUGCCUUUACUUUGAACGCUCAGGUUUGUGCUUUGCUGGUUUACUCUACCCAUGUAUGUAUUUUAAGGUCAUUCUGUAUGUUAGUGCUGAGUUCUGGGUGAGACUUGAUGAUGGUUUCUGUGCUGAGAUGCUUUUCAUAUAAACAUUAAUGUUAUGUAUCUAUCACUCAUGUUUGUCCUUUUUAAUAAUGAAAUAUCGAUGUUUAUAGGUCCCUUUGUAUUUUAAAAAAUAAAUAAAUAAUACAUUGUGUGAGCAAAGAAGUAGUAUUUUGUGACCCUGAGGAUGUAUAAUGGUGCAGUGCUACAAUGAAAACAAGAUCUGAAUUUGGAAUUACAGAAAAUAUCUUGCAUUUCAAAGGCCUUUUCUGCACCAUUAACCCAAUCAGGCAAAUCUGGAGCCGCUGGGUCUGAUUAUGCUCUUGUUGUUGAUUCAUUCUUUUGAUUCACUCAUAAUAAUACACAUCACUUUUCCCUUCCUGUACAUUUAAGCAACAUGCUCUGAAAAAUAGCGUGCAUUUCACUUUAAAACCAUGGCAAAAUGUGAAGCUGUUGUGGGUUUUUGAGCUAAUUGCUCAACUGGGCAAAAAAAAGAGAGCUGUGAGAAAUGUAAAUCUGUUUGAGACUGAAAAUAAUGUUGUGCUAAUGCCAACUCAACACCCAACCAAAAAUGGCAGUCAGAAUUUUCUGAUGUAAUGACAAGCGAUCACAAUAGUGUGCUUUGUUUACACAAUAGACAUU